CUGGAAGAAGCCAUCAAACGUCGUUCAACGUUUGGCCUGAUCCGAUCUGCUUCUGAUCCACACCGACAUGAUGAGUCUGCGCCUGUGCCUGCUGGCCACCUGCCUCCUGGUGGCGGCCCAAGCCUCCAAGGAUGGCUCCAACAUGCAGCUGAAGCCGACCAAGUGGAUGACCGCCUCCGAUCUGGAGAGUGUGCCCUCGCUCAACGACAUCACCUGGGAGCGUUUGGAGAACCAGCCCCUGCAUCAGGGUGCCAAGAUGAUCGAGAAGAUCUACCAUGUUGGCCAAAUCAAGCACGAUCUGACCCCCAGCUUUGUGCCCAGCCCCAGCAAUGUGCCCGUCUGGAUCAUCAAGUCCAACGGCCAGAAGAUGGAGGCCAAGCUGAACAACUACGUGGAGAAGGCCAAGGCCCAGCCCGGUUUCGGUGAGGAUGAGGUGACCAUUGUGCUGACCGGCCUGCCCCAGAGCAGUCCCGCCAACAAGAAGGCCAUGCGCAAGCUGGUCCAGGCCUACCUCCAGAAGUACAACCUCCAGCAGCAGCAGAAGAACGCCCAGGAGCAGCAGGAGCAGCACAAGAGCUCCGACUACGACUACACCAGCAGCGAGGAGACCGCCGACCAGUGGAAAUCGGCCAAGGCUGCCAGCGGCGAUUUGAUCAUCAUCGACCUCGGCUCCACCCUGACGAACUUCAAGCGCUACGCGAUGCUGGAUGUGCAGAACACCGGCGCCAUGAUCGGCCAGACCCUGGUCGAGCUGAGCAACAAGGGAGUGCCCCAGGAGAUCAUCCAUCUGAUUGGCCAGGGCAUCAGUGCCCAUGUGGCCGGAGCUGCUGGCAACAAGUUCACCGCCCAAACUGGACACAAGCUGCGCCGCAUCACCGGUCUGGAUCCCGCCAAGAUGCUGUCCAAGCGUCCCCAGACUCUGGAUGGUCUGUCCCGCGGCGAUGCCGAUUUCGUGGAUGCCAUCCACACCUCGGCCUUUGCCAUGGGCACACCCAUUCGUUGCGGUGACGUGGACUUCUAUCCCAAUGGACCGUCGACCGGUGUUCCCGGCUCCGAGAAUGUGAUCGAGGCGGUGGCCCGUGCCACCCGCUACUUUGCCGAAUCCGUGCGUCCCGGUAACGAGCGCAACUUCCCCGCCGUUCCGGCCAAUUCCCUGAAGCAGUACAAGGAGCAGGACGGUUUUGGCAAGCGCGCCUUCAUGGGUCUACAGACCGAUUACGAUCUGCGCGGCGACUACAUCCUGGAGGUCAACCCCAAGAGCCCCUUCGGUCAGCGCAGCCCCGCCCACAAGCAGGCCUCCUACCAUGGCACCCAUAACGCCCAGAACUAGGUCGCAUCUCAUCCACACAUUUUCAGGCACUUUCUUCUGAUACUCAGAGAAAACCCGGAAAGCAACGUAGUCUAGUUUAGAAGUUCUAUUGAACGAUCAAAAAAAAGAAAAAACUUAUAAAAUCCCAUAAAAAUAAAGCUGCAAAUUAAAAAAAAAUA